UGAUGUCGCCUUCUUGGUGUCCUGAGCCCAGGCCUAUCCCAAGAGGAAAAGGGGGAAUGAACAGAGAUUGGGAGCAGGGGAGGGAGAGCUGCUGCUGCUGCUGCUUUGGGCGGAACUCUCCAGUCUGCUGACACAAGCAAUGUGUGAUUCACUCUCACACCCACUAUGCAAUACAUUCCUAAGGCUCUGAGCAUUGCUGUCUCCAGUGGAUCACUCUCGUGUCACUUGUUGAUCAGGAAGCCACACGGUACGCUACGACAGGACCAAUUUCUCUUUGGAUACCUUAAUACCGCACAGCUACCAUUGAAGAGAAUGAGAAGCAAGACUUAAUAGCUCAAAAAAAAAAAUAAGUACAAAAUUAUGGAGAAAAACGACAGUGAAUCUGCGGAAAAAGCACCCAAAAUGUCACUAAGCAAAAAAUGGGCCUCUCUGAAGGAGAAACUUUCACCUCAAGAAUCAGACCAGAGUGAAGCCAAUUUGGAGAAUGCAGAUCCCGAGCUAUGCAUCCGCCUCUUGCAAAUCCCAUCCGUGGUGAACUAUUCUGGCCUUAAGAAGAGACUUGAGAGCAGCGAUGACAAUUGGAUGGUGCAGUUCUUAGAGCUCAGUGGCUUGGACCUUCUGCUGGAGGCCUUGGACAGGUUGUCAGGGCGAGGGGUUUCCAGAAUAUCUGAUGCUCUCCUCCAGCUCACUUGCAUAAACUGCGUCCGGACGUUAAUGAAUUCCCAUAAGGGGAUUGAGUACAUUGUCAACAAUGAAGGUUAUGUCCGAAAACUAUCUCGGGCUCUUGACACAUCCAACGUGAUGGUGAAAAAGCAAGUAUUUGAACUGAUUGCAGCCCUGUGUAUCUACUCCCCCGAGGGCCAUGCAUUGGCUUUGGAUGCACUUGAGCAUUACAAGGCCGUGAAGAAUCAGCAAUAUCGAUUUAGUGUCAUCAUAAAUGAGCUCUCGGCAACGGAUAAUGUUCCUUACAUGGUCACGCUGCUCAGCGUCAUCAAUGCUAUCAUACUCGGAACGGAGGAGCUGAGGCUGCGCGGACAGCUAAGAAACGAAUUCAUAGGUCUUCAGCUACUGGAUGUGUUAACAAAAUUAAGGGAUCAGGAGGAUGAUGACUUGUUAGUUCAAGCCUCUGUGUUUGAGGAAGCCAAGUCGGAGGAUGAUGAAGAACUUCUUAAGAUUUAUGGAGGGAUUGAUAUGAACAAUCAUCAAGAGGUUUUCACGACGCUCUUUAACAAAGUGAGUUGUUCACCAUUAUCGGUCCAGCUACUCUCCAUAUUGCAAGGUUUAUUGCACUUUGAUGUGUCACAUCCUUCCAGUCCAUUACUGUGGGAAGCUUUGGAAUUCCUGGUGAACAGAGCUGUAUUGCUCGCAGAUGACUGCAAAAGUAACAACCUUGAGGAGGUCAUGAAUAGACUUAUAGCUUCCAAAAAACAAAGUAAACAAAAGACCAAAGAUCAAAAUAUUGAGAUAGUGCACAAAAGUAUACAGACAGACAAACCCAAAGAUGAGACUUUUAAGGACAGUUUAUCUGGUCAUAAAACAGCUGAAUCCUCAAAUGGUUCUCAGGAGAUUUCAGUGAUUGAAAAGACUUCACCAGGCCUUUUAUCUGGAAGCCCUCCCUCUCUAUAUCCAUUGCCUGGGAGCCAGUCUACACAAUCACCACCUCCUCCUCCUCCUCCUUCCAUGGAGGGUUUACCACCUCUUCCUGGCAAGGGUGGAUUUCCAUCUCCUCCUCCUCCAAUUCCAGGUGCUUUGGCAUCACCACCACCACCUCCUCCACUUUCUAAUAUGGGGGUAUUAUCUCCACCACCACCCCCACCACCUCCUCUUUUUGAUGGAAUGCCACCUCCCCCUCCACCACUUCCUGGUCAUUCUCCUUCUCUUCCAGGGAUGGGUGGUUUUCCUCCUCCACCACCUCCUCUUCCAGGGAUGGGUGGUUUUCCUCCUCCACCACCUCCUCUUCCAGGGAUGGGUGGUUUUCCUCCUCCACCACCUCCUCUUCCAGGGAUGGGUGGUUUUCCUCCUCCACCACCACCUCUUCCAGGGAUGGGUGGAUGUCCACCCCCUUUUCCAGGUACUGGUGGCCCACCUCCACCACCGCCUCUUCCAGGAAUGAUGCCGCCACCACCACCACCUCCAGGGGGCUUCUUGGGUGAAGAAGUUGUUGUUGCACAUUCUGCGUAUUCUUUGGGUUACGCAAGACCAUCCUGCAUUAACGUCAAUAGGCCAUCGUUAAAGAUGAAAAAACUGAACUGGCAAAAAUUGCCUCCUAAUGUUACCAAAGAUGGACAGUCUAUGUGGUCUUCAACAAGCACCAUUGAAGAAACUCCAGAACCUAAUUACUCCAGCAUUGAGCAGCUCUUCUGUCUUCCACAAACUACCGUCAAAGACAAAGCAGCGGCACCAGCAAAGAAACCUCCAAAAGAGAUUUCAUUUUUGGACCCUAAAAAAAACCUCAACUUAAACAUAUUUUUAAAGCAGUUUAAAUGUCCCAAUGAAGAAAUAAUUGGUCUGAUUGAAAAAGGAGAUCGCUCCAAGUUUGAUAUUGAGGUUCUAAAACAAUUCCUCAAGCUGCUUCCCGAAAAACAUGAGGUGGAAAAUAUAAAGGCUUUCCAAGAAGAUAUAUCCAAGCUUUCAAAUGCCGAUCGGUUUUACUUGUUGCUUCUUGGUGUUUCAAACUAUCAGCUCCGCAUAGAAUGCAUGCUGGCUUGUGAAGAAUGCAACCUCCUACUGGAAAUGCUACGACCAAAGGCAGAAAUUGUCAGCAAGGCUUGUGAUGAUAUUGUUGUCAGCCAUAGGCUACCAAUCUUUUGUCAGCUUGUCUUGAAAGUUGGGAACUUCUUGAACUAUGGAAGUCACACUGGCAAUGCCAAUGGCUUUAAGAUAAGCACCUUACUGAAGCUGACUGAGACAAAAGCCAAUCAAACCCGGAUUACUCUACUGCACCAUAUCCUAGAGGAAAUUGAAGGAAAUUAUACUGAUCUUCUUGAACUUCCAAAUGACCUGGAGAAAGUAUCAAAAGCUGCUGGAAUUAACAUAGAAAAUAUUUACUCUGAAACCAGUAGUAAUUUUAAAAAAUUAAAAGAACUGCUAAAUAAGUUGUCCAAGUCGUCUAAUGAUGUGAAAGAGCAAUACGAAAAAUGUGUUCAGGACUGUAUUGAUGCACUUAAGAGCUUAGAACAACAACUGGAAGAUAUUUCACAGAAGAAAAAGAAACUAGCAGAUUAUUUAUGCGAAGACCUAGCAAAACUUUCACUAGAAGAUACUUUUGGAACCAUGAAAACAUUUAGGGACCUCUUUUUGAAAGCAAGAAAGGAAAAUAAGGAUAGAAAAGAGCAAGCAGUAAAGGCAGAAAAGAGGAAAAAGCAACUUGAGGAGGAAGAAGCAAAAAGACAGAAAGGAGAUAAUGGAAAAAUCAUUCGGAAAGGAGCAGCAAAGAUAGAAGAAGGUUGUAUCAUUGAUGCUUUACUGGCCGAUAUAAAAAAAGGCUUUCAACUCCGUAAGACUGCGAAAAGCAAACCAGAAUCUGAGGACGCUCAAAGGAACUCCAGUAAUGAACUAAAUGGCAAACCUGACCAAGUGAAGGAUGGAAACUCAAAUAAGUUGGGUACAAUAAAAGAGACUACAACUUCUAAUGGUGAAGAUAACUCAAGCCCCUCUGCUGCUAUCGAGGGAAACAAAGACCAGGACGACUUGCCUCCGAAUAAGCCAGCAGAUAACGGAGGAACAGAGGGAAAUACGUGUAUGGCCACCCAAACUGCACAAACUUGUGAUAAAAAAGAGUUAUCAACCGCAACUGCUGCCUCAAGUAUGACGACAGAGGCCUUAAACAUCAAUAAUGGAGACAAAGAUGGUCCUUCUGAAAAUGCUAAGCAGGGACUUCCUAGUGAUUCCAAUGCCCCAAAGAAUAGCAGUGUUGCAGCAAUAAAUACUGCAUGUCCUCAGGAUGUUGCACAAACUCAUGGGGUGCCCCAGAAUUCCACAUGUGACUUUGAUAAAUCUCAGGGUCAACCAGAUGAAGUAGACUCCAAAAACACUACAUUUUUAAAAGACCUUCCUUAUGACCAAAUUACUAAAACCAUUGAAUGCUCAAAUAUAAACCAAGGAACAUUGGUUGAUUCUUUACCAGAGAAGCAAGGGCCAUUUGAUGUUUCUUCAAAGGUAACCUCAUUGGAUCAAAAUUCUCAUUUGGUUCAAGAAAACAUUGAGCAUCAGCCGUCGCCAACAGAUGAGAAGACGACAAUGGAUGAUCCCCCACUUGAUGGGAAAGCUGAGGCUGCUACUGGUUCCACACCAACAGAACAGAUAAAGACCUCAGACAAUCUAUCACCAGUACAAAUUAAUGAGAACACUGAAUCCCCAUCAAUGCCAAACGUUGGCACCAAUGAUAAAUUCCCACCAGUCCAGAAGAUUGGAGUCACUAAGGCCCUGUUAUCAGUUCAGAGUGAAGGAUCCACAGAUGUUUCCCAGCCAGCUCAAAAAAAUAGGUCACUUGAAGGAACUCUACCAAAUACCAGCCAAGGGUCAGCUGAAGGGAUCCCACAAACCAAGGAACAUGUAUUAAGCGACGGCUCCAUUUAUAAAUCUUUGGAGACAACACGUUUACAAACUUCAGAUAGCUCAAAGGUCAAAAGGAGCUCAACAAAAAGUAAAAAGAAAAGGAACUCGAAAAGUGGAGAAGAGCUUGGAGUUGAGUCUGGCACACACAAAACAAAGAGUUGUGUGGUACAGUAAGGUUUCAGAACAAGGAAGAUCCCCAAGCAAUGAAGACCUUGGAGAAAACUGUUCCAUUUGCUUCCUGUAUAAAUUAGUAUUACUUUAUGCUUCUUGGACAAUGUGCUGUAUAUAACAAUUUGUUUCUUGACUUUCAACUUUUUGCAUAUAGCGUUUAAUGUUCUUGCUGUAUAAAACUUGUUACAUACAGAUCUCUUUAUAAGGGGAUUUCACAUAUGGAUAUUCUCUGCCCUACAUGUAUAAGCACACAGCCCCCUUUACUACUGUUACUGGGGCUUUAAAGAUAAGGAUUCUCUCUAAUGAAAAGAUAGACAUGGGCGGACCUUUUCCACAUUGAUCAUUAAACCUUUUGAUCAAAAUGUAUAACUACCCCCCCCCCCCCCACCCCCCCUUCCCUUUAUGGUGAUCGCUUUCAAGUGCAUCCCAAUAUUCACAGCACUGCAUGGUGAAGCAACAGCGCCCACUGGGGCUAAUGACCGGAGGUAAUUAGAUAAUGACUGGAAAUUUUCAUUAAGAUUUCAGAAUUGGUCCUUAGUAUUGAUAUUAGCGCAAUGGUCAUCUAUCCAUUAGAUGAGCUGCAGGGGAAUUAGUGCUUCUUGUGGUUAUAUUACCCCAGAACUAGGGUUAAAGGGGCACUGUCAGAUGCCAAAACUUUCUAUAUGUUGUACAUCCUGGAAAAACAUUAACCUUUCUAAUAUAUACUUAAACAACACAAUUUAACUCCAAGUCAAUCAAAUGUCUGUGAAAUCACACUGUCCACUCAGGAAGCAACACUGAUUGACAAUCAAUUUCACAUGCUGUUGUGCAAAUGGAACAGACAACAAGUGGAAAUUAUAGGCAAUUAGCAAUACACCCCCAAUAAAGGAGUGGUUCUGCAGGUGGUGAUCACAGACCACUUCUCAGUUCCUAUGCUUCCUGGCUGAUGUUUUGGUCACUUUUGAGUGCUGUCGGUGCUUUCACUCUAGUGGUAGCAGGAGACUACAACCCACACAAGUGGCUUAGGUAGUGCAGCUCUAGCAGGAUGGCACAUCAAUGCGAGCUGUGGCAAGAAGGGUGGCUGUGUCUAUCAGCGUAGUGUCCAGAGCAUGGAGGCACUACCAGGGGACAAGCCAGUACAUCAGGAGACGUGGAGGAGGCUGUAGAAGGGCAACAACCCAGCAGCAGGACUGCUAUCUCCGCCUUUGUGCAAGGAGGAGCACUGCCAGAGCCCUGAAAAAUGACCUCCAGCAGCCCACAAAUGUGCAUAUGUCCACUCAAACGGUCAGAAACAGACUCCAUGAGGGUGGUAUGAGGGCCCGACGUCCACAGGUGGGGGUUGUGCUUACAGCCCAACACCGUGCAGGAUGUUUGGCAUUUGCCAGAGAACACCAAGAUUUUGCACUGAUGCCCUGUGCUUUUCACAGAUGAAACAGAUUAACAUUGAACACAUGUGACAGAUGUGACAGAGUCUGGAGGUACCGUGGAAAAUGUUCUGCUGUCUGAAACAUCCUCCAGCAUGACUGGUUUGGCGAUGGGUCAGUAACGGUGUGGGGUGGCAUUUCUUUGAGGGGCUGUACAGCCCUUCAUGUGCUUGCCAGAGGUAGCCUGACUGCCAUUAGGUACCGAGAUGAGAUCCUCAGACCCCUUGUGAGACCAUAUGCUGGUGCGGUUGGCCCUGGACCUCAUGUGACUGGAGUGUGUCAGCAGUUCCUGCAAGAGGAAGGCAUUGAUGCUAUGGACUGGCCCGCUUGUUCUCCAGACCUGAAUCCGAUUGAGCACAUCUGGGAUAUCAUGUCUUGUUCCAUCCACCACAGACUGUCGAGGAGUUGGUGGAUGCUUUAAUCUAGGUCUGGGAGGACAUCUCUUAGACCAUCCACCCCCUCAUCAGGAGCAUGCCCAGGCGUUGUAGGGAGGUCAUACGGGCACAUGGAGGCCACACACACUAGUGAGCCUCAUUUUGACUUGUUUUAAGGACAUUACAUGAAAGUUGGAUCAGCUUGUAGUGAGGUUUUCCACUUUGAUUUUGAGUGUGACUCCAUAUCCAGACCUCCAUGGGUUGAUAAAUUUGAUUUCCAUUGAUCAUUUUUGUGUGAUUUUGUUGUCAGUAGAUUCAACUAUGUAAAGACAAAAGUAUUUCAUACGAUUAGUUCAUUCAUUCAGAUCUAGGAUGUGUUAUCUUAGUGUUCCCUUUAUUUUUUUGAGCAGUGUACUUCAAAAGAAAAUGUUAUUUCCUUUUUAUAGAAAUCAUGGCUUUGUCUAAACUGGAGCACAGGCAUGGACAAAGUCCAGUAAGUGAGGGUGGACUAGCACUCUUCAGUGCUGU